AUGGAGAUCGAAAAUCGGGUGGAAUUGCCGGACGGACAUCUUGUGAAUCUUUCUCCCCGGCCUCAACAUCAGACCCAACAACGACGAGUCCAGCAACAUCAAGGCCAAUACCAGGCAUAUCAAGCCUAUCGAGGACAUUACACAUCGACUGAAUUGUCGGCAACUCCGCCGUCGAGAGAUAACUAUCCUGGCAUACCCUGCGAGCUUAGUGAUUCUCGAAGCCCACCGGACAACAUGUUUCACAAAGACAAAGCAACCAAGCUUCCGAUUCCCAGGAGCUUGAAUGAGCAAGGAAGAGACAGACGAAACCAGACCCCAAGUCCGACUGGGAUACCCAAGGCCUCUCCCACUGCCUUCUCCUCGGGCGGAUCUGGUGGCCAGUCUACAGAACGUGACCCAUACUGGAAGAAGAUCAGAGGCAAGUUUGAUAAGGAGUCCCCUUUAUCACAAAGGGCUUCAUAUGUCCGGUCUAGGGAAAGCGAUCAAUAUGGGUCACCGAGUUCUGGAAACCCUCACUUCCAGGGUAAAUACUCGCGGGAGGAGCAGCCGCUCAACCGAGGAGCAAACCUUAGAACAGGUAUUCCAAGUCCGAGCGCCAAUAUGGGUGCAACAGUCCGGCAUACUCGAAACGAGCCCUCUAAUCGCCCAGAAAGCCAAAAGAAAUGGAGAAGAAACGGCGAUUCAUGGGUUAGCCUGGACUCCAACGAGACCACCCCCAGAAGUCGGAACGGACGGAUACCACCACUGAGUCUAGUCCUCAUUCUCAUCCUUCUAUUCGUGGUUAAUAUGCCCACUGCGAAAGAUCCGAAUCCACCUACAAUGACGGCAAAACAAAUCGCAGAAUAUCAACGAAGAUAUGAAAAAAGACGUCGCUCUACUGGAAAAUCUAAUCCACAGAAUGGAUCACCCCAAGGGGAGCAUACCAAUCAACAGGAAAAGCCAGCAGCGCCCCUCAAAUCUCAUCAUGAUGGGUCACCGCCAGCUCGCCCAGAUGCCGACUCCCAACCAGCGCCUGUUCAACUACAGCCAUCGCAGAAAUUACAAGCACAGCGGCCUCAAGGACAACGGGAUUAUUACAGUCCCGAUGAAGUUGGCAAAAAUCGUAUCAGCACCAUUUGGGAGGAAUCACCAACGAAACCGAAAGAAAAGCGAAUAUCUCAAAACGCGGAUGGUUCUUUUUUAGGGUGCAAGGAGAUCAACGGACCAGGCACAAAGAAUCCAGACGAAAUUCUCUUGUUCGCAACCGGCGAAGACUCCACAAAUCUCCAGCCUCGUCCACUCGCUGUCGGUCGCCAAAGGCGCCAAAAAGAAGAAAGGAGAUCCGGCGCCCAUCAAGAGGUGGAGAGGUCAGAGGACAGGCGCCGAUCGGAAGAUCGACGGAGAUCAGAAAACCGACAGGUCUCGGGAGACAGACACAGGUCGGAGGAGAAACGGGUCCCGGAAGACCGACGUGUGUCAGAGGACCGUGCCGUUCUUCAAGAAGAAUGGUCACAAGUUACUCGGAAUUCGAAGCAUGUCCAAUGCUUGAAGCCGUCAACGGUCAUGAUGAGUCAGGAUUCCAGUUGCCCCGAAGACGAAAUACUGAGGCCAGACUCCCAGGGCUCGGGCAAAGAGAACUCCCGCCCUAUAGAGAGACCCUCGAACCCCACAGAGAACCUGCCAGAAAGUCGCGGGGAAGACGAUGUGUUCAUUAUCACACCCACUAUCACGCGCACUAUGAUACCAACGGUAGAGAAGAAAUGUCAGGGCAAAGCUCUCGUUCAAAAGCCGCAAGGGUUGCGAAGGCCUGGUGGCACAGGCCAAUCUGGUACCGGAGAGGCCGUGAAAGCUGUUCGGGCGAAACCUCAAGUAAUCUCUACACAUUCUGGACUUCGACUACCGACGGCCACAUCGCAAACCAAAUCGACCACUCCCUCAGCGCCGUCCUCAAAAACAACACCACAGAGCAGCAUUCCCACUCCCAAAGAGUCACCCACUGCCAAAAAAACGAAAGAGAUGAAAGACAAAUCCCCCGGGAAGUCAUCGCAAGGGAAAGCAUCACCAGGAAAGGAAAACGAGAGGAGCUCAGCCACGAGCUCUAUCCGUGGCUUCAUCCGUACCUCCGGGCUCGCAAGGUCCACUGGAAUCGUCAGGUCGCCCACUGAAAGCCUUGCAACCAUUCUUCGUCACGGUACUGAGUCUCUUCGCAAUCGUGCUGAGUCUAUUCGCAAUGGCACAGGGUCUCUGCAUCUGAACAGCCGUAAGGGAUCGCCUGUCUCUCAGCUUCCUUCCCGAGAUAACUCUGAUUCUUCUCGGUCCGAGAAGUCUUUCCGAUCUGCAAAGGAGUCUGCAAGAAGCACUCCGCCUCCAUCGACGAAGUCUUCGCCCGCGAAAAGAGAAUCACCAGCUUCUAAAUUGUCAUCUGUGGAAAAACCACCUCCAGCUUCAAGGUCUGUUUCCUUUGAAGGGCCUCCCGCGCCACCAACUCCGAAAACUCCAGCAGAAGAGAAACCGCCUCCACCCAUUGAAAAGUCUCCUCCUGCUUCGCGACUCACUCGUGCUGAGAGGCUUGAGAGGUUCAAAGAAGAAGCUCGUGCCCGCCGGGCUACAAAAAUGGCCGAGAAGGCAGAAGAAAUUGUCGCUGAGGUCGCAGAAAUCGCGGAACUAGAUGGUCAUCAAGUCACCGGCCGAAAGAAUCAUCUUCAAUCUAACAUCACGAAUGUGACGGAUGUAACUGAUGACCUACACGAGCUAAAUUCACGAGAAAAGGACGGCUUCCCAAAAGAAGGUAUCAACCCCAUGGCUCUAUCAAUGAUGUUUGAUAUCAUCGUUGUUGCUGUCACGCACAUGCACAAGUCGGCCUUGCAACUGACUGAAAGUUCGUGUGCCAAGUUUAUCGUCAACAAUGUUUUCAACAUGAUUAAACACUGCUAUCGUGUUUUCAGUCGCGUGUAUCGCGCCGUGUCGCGUUAUCAGGCAACAGGCACCUGGCCCAAGGCCAAGAACGACCAAGCCAUCAGUCGUUUUCUCCUGGAGCUCCUCCAAGCUGUCGUUUACCUCUUUAUCCUCGCCUUCUCGACAAUGCUCUUGGGCCGUGCGGCAAGCUAUGUCGUUCUUGUUGGAAGCUGGAUUGUGUGGUUUGCCCGUCCAUUUGCGUGGGCCUUCAACUGUAUUACGCGGGCUCUAAUCAUGUAG